AUGGCAGCGAACACGGAUAGGAGAAGAAACAAUGCGCCCAGCGGAGGCACACAUGCGCCGGUCUUUGCUCGGACGCUGAGAGAGCCUGCAUAUCUUCAGACUCUAAGACCGACAAGAACAAGAGGGCCGAACAAGCUUCGCAGGAUCUACUUGCAAACCGCCAUUGUACCCUCCGCCUCAGGCUCUGCAUACCUCGAAAUACCUUCUUCCUCUUCGAUUCCGCCCUCGACGUUAAUAAAACCUGCGUCUUCACUUAAGAUCGUGGCCUCGAUUCAAGGACCGAAGCCAUUGCCCCGCAGCGCACCUUUCAGCCCUUCACUUCUUCUCACUACUACUGUCAAGUUUGCGCCUUUCGCAACACGGCACAGGAGAGGCUACAUACGUGACAGUACCGAGCGUGACCUCGGCGUACACCUGGAAACCGCAUUGAGAGGUGUGAUAAUCGGAGAGCGCUGGCCGAAGAGCGGCGUGGAGGUUGUAGUCACGAUCCUCGAAGGAGAUGAGGACGGCUGGUGGGGCGAUGCGCACGCCAGUGGAAGUGGAUGGGGCUUACUGAACGUUCUGGCGGGCUGUAUCACAGUUGCCAGCGCAGCAAUCACAGAUGCAGGGAUCGACUGUGUAGACAUGGUCUGCGGAGGCGUUGCAGCGCUCAUCCGCAAUCCAGACUCAAAGGAUGAAAAUGAUCUGAUCAGGAUACUGGACCCUUGUCCGGCAGAGCACAGGGAUAUCGUUGCGGCUUGUGCAGUGGGAUAUUUGGCUUCAAGAGACGAGAUCACAGAGAUUUGGAUGAAGGGAGAUGUUGGUUCUGAUCCAGAUGCAAUCAUCGAGGGCGCGACACAUGCUUCUGUGGGGAGUCUGUCAGUCGUCAAGGAGGUCCUUCUGGAGUCCUUACAGGCGAAGUUCCAGAAGCAGAUCGAGAACAGUCAAGGCGCACAGAAGAGGAAGGCUCAAGAUGUGGAGAUGACAGGAUGA